ACAUGGCAUUGCGGAAGUGAAGUGUACAUGCAUGACAAAUGUCUUGUUUACAUUCGAUUUUAUGCUGUUUUCUCAGUACAUGAGUAACGAAGGGAAGACAAACUGUUCGUGCGUUAUAUGACCAAUGCGCUCAGGAUCGAACUACAUGAAUUGAACUAUGUGACUGAGGACCUCCCUGCCGCAGUUGGCAGUCCAAAUGGGUUAGGGCCUUGGCCAAUAAGAAAACUUGAAAACAAAAAUAGAAGGACCUCCCUGCCGCAGUUGGCAGUCCAAAUGGUUAGGGCCUUGGCCAAUAAGAAAACUUGAAAAAAAAAAAAGAAAAAUGUACUUUACUUACACUGGUGUUGAACUUGGUCCAGGUCGCUGACAUGACUAAUGGUAAGACAGCUUGGAAAGGUUAAUGACAGUGUUAUCAGGAGUGCAAUGACACAACCAAUGAUUCUCUCUCAUCGUGCAAGAAAUCCCUCAAUGGGCCCAAACACACCAACCCAAGACUUUCAGAAUAACCUAGAGUUUGAUCGAAGAACGCCAAAAGAACGAUUCUUUGACAAAGUAACGGUUGUGAAUUCGAAGACGAGCUUCCUCCCACAGAUUCCUAACAACUUAACGUCCCAAUCAGGCCUUCAACUUGUUGGAACUUCUUCACCUUUGCAAGAAGUGUUCUAUUUCGGAAGAAAGGACACCAAUGCCGAGUUAUCGGUUCAGUCACCUGUUGAUGGUUCUGACUCCGUGAAAGGCUCUGGAUCAGAACAAAGUCGGACUCGAAGUGCGGCAAGUCUUCACAGUCUUCAGCACAGCAUCUCAAGACAGGGCUCAGAUUCGAUACUAAGGGAGGAUCAAAGUGCUGCAAGCGUUCACACUCGCAGUCUUCAGAGCAAUAUUUCUAGACAGGAAUUAGAUGCGAUACCAAGUGAGUCAGGAAGUCGCAGUCUUCAGUACAACAUUUCAAGACAGGACUCAGAUUUUGUAGUUUCAGUGUGUACAAACAACCGGGACACUCUUGAUGUUCAAGGAACAUCUCCUGCAGAAGAUGCUGUCCAUGGCAAAACAGCAGAGGAUAUUUCAAAAGCCGCACCUUGCCUGACAAAUUCCCAGAAAAAGAACCUCACGAAAAGACGAAAAAGUGGAAAAAAGAAACACAAAAGUACAACUGGGCGUCAAAGCCUCAGAUCAACAAGCAGGAAAUCAAAACAUAGUGAACAAAAACAAGGAAAUGUCACUGUGUCAAAAAUUGAAAAAAAAUUGACAGAAAAUGGCAAUACAGCUAAUCACAACAAAGAUUCGAAAGUUCGAAUAAAGUUAAAACUUUCCUCAUUCAGUACGAAACGCCUAACGAACAUUGGAGGUGCUUAUUCCGUAAGUGCUGACCCACCGAUGGGACAGCGGGUGUCACGCGUAAUAAAACCGCACGAUGGUGCUAAGGACACAUCAGAAAGUGAUGAUCAAAUGAAUCUUCUGGGUUUGUAUUCUCAACCGAUACAAAUUUCACAGAAGCAAAAACCGACAAAGAAGACGGUGACGUUAUCGACGCCGAUUUUUGCGCCGAAACCACCGAAGACGAGAAAUGUUGUACAGUCUUUUGGCGAGAUUGAUGCUGAUGUGUCAGCCCGGAGACGACCUGUUGGUGGGAGCGUGGAUAUCGGGGAUUACGUCCCGUAUCGGCCGGCAGAGGAACAGUAUGCUGCGACGCGAGGUUUGGUUCGUGUGUACCUCUCUGAGCGACAGUCUGGGACGAUCAAACUUCAUGGCCUGCAGCAUCCCGGGGCUCCACCUGCCACACCCACUCCUGCUCAGCUAGGCCAUGUUCUCUACAUUCCAAGCAUGAACGAUAUCAAGGCUCAGCGUGAGUUAAAAAUGAGGCUGGAAGUCUUAGAUCGACAGGACAAAAAGCGACAGGAGAAACGAAUUGAAGAGAAUCUUCGAAAGGAGAUGAGCGCUCAAAAGGAGAGAGUCAAAGUGCUCAAGACAAUGCAGCGCUUACAAAUCUAUGCUUUAAACGAGGUGAUGACAACGUUGGAAAAUGAGCGCUUCGAAAAAUUCAAACAACAAAAAGAGAAACAUUUAGAAAAGGAUUUGAAUGAUAUUCGGUGACCAUUCUAGGAGACUUUCUCCUUAGUUUUUUCCAUAAAAUCCAUCCAAUGGUUGAUCCUCAGUUUAAUCCGUCCAGUGGUUAUUACUUUUUACAUGAAUGUUGCAUAAUUCAGUCAAACCAAUAGCGAGGCUUGCUUUAGUGCCUCUAGUUUAUUGCCGACAAGAUAAGAUUAGAGUAAACUCAGUUAGGAGCAGUCACAACAUUCUGCUCCUGACUGGUUUUACAGUAAUUUUGAGAUUUGCCAUUUUAAGCCAUUUACACAUAGAUGUUUAUUGCAUACUGUGAUAUUGUUAUCAUUUAUUGACAUAAGGCUGCAAUUGUAUAACUGUAAUGCUGAGAUUGAUCAACCAAUUUUUUUACUCUUUACUUAAAGUAAAAUGACAUGGUUGGUGGUACAAGGGGGCUGUAGGAGGGCCAUUGAGCUCUUAUUUUUCCCUGUGUUGCCCUAUAGGUGUUUUUAAAUUGUACCAAAGCAGGGCCUACGAUUGUAUCAGGGCUAUAAUUGCACCUUUUUACCUUGAUAAAGAACUGCGUUAUGGAUGAGUGAAUACAGUAGCGUCUUUUAAUAGCAAAGUUUAGCAAGUACAGGUUCAGAACUUCAUUAAGUUUGAUUGUGAAAUUAGUGCUUUGCCCAGUAUGGGACAGAGCUGUGUUUCCUGUGAUAGAGAAAAAAACACUAUGUAAUUUUGGACAAUCAACAUUACAUUA